UUUUUAUAAGAUUCCAUCACAUCCCUUAUUCUUCAUUCCGUUGGCGGCGUCGCGAACUCGCGUUGUUUAUUUCCGUUUAGUUUUAAGUUAGCGCGUUUUUCCCACCGCCGGUGUCGCCCAAAUUAUGCGAGACACAGCCUAGAGCAACGGCACAACACCUAGCACUUAACCGCCACAGAAGCAUAACCGAAACGGAGAAAUGGGCCGCAGCCGAAGUCCCGCAUCGCCGGCGCAUAGGAGGCGCGAGAAGGAGCGAUCCGAGCGGAAGAAGCGCAGGGAACGCCGUUCCCGGGAAAGGGAGGCCAUCGGAGUGGCUCCCGCCGCAGGAUCAGGACCGGGAUCAAGUCGCCGUGACCGGAGUCGUAGCAGGGAACGUGAGCGGGAUCGCGAUCGUGCUCGGGGCAGGCGUUCUAGAUCGCGGUCGAGGGGCGCCGGAGGAGGAGGCGGCGGAAGCAGCGGCGGCAACAGCAGCUCCGGACCAUCGACGUCGCGAAGGACGACGAGGAACAACGCGGCGGCCACAGCUGCCGACCGACCCAAGAUCAACGAGGCGGACCUAGAGGGUAAAUCGCCGGAAGAGGUCGAGAUGCUCAAGACAAUGGGAUUCUGCACGUUCGACACCACCAAGAACAGGAAGGUCGAGGGCAACGAUGUCGGAGAAGUGCAUGUAAUCCUAAAGCGAAAGUACCGCCAGUACAUGAAUCGCAAGGGUGGCUUCAACCGGCCGCUCGAUUUCGUGGCUUAGCAGUCCUUUUCCUCAGCUCGACUAGUUUGCUACGCUUUUUUACUUGUCCGUGCUCUUUGGGAGACGGACGAAGACCUGCAAUUUUAUGCAAUAGACCGGUUUACGAAAUUCAGCCAGCUUUUGGCCCUGUCAAAAUUUCCACUCAUCAAUCAAGUUCUGCAAAAGGACACACUCAUACCUCAAUAAGUUAUUUAGUAGUUUAAGCCUGAAGUGCGCCUUUGUUAUGGAGUUUGCCCCCAGGUUAAUCUUACAACAAAUAUCUGGGGCUGAAAGCGAUUCCAAACCUCCUCGGUUGGAGAAUCUGCUUUCAGCUGCAGUUAAGCGCGCACCUCGAUUGCUUUUUGAAUAUUUCAAAGAAAUUAACAAUUGUUUUUGUUGACAUCUCGCCAUUUUGUAUGAAUACGAAUUAACUGAAGCCUGAAAUAGCCCAAACACGAAAUUCGCACCAGCAAAAUUUCCAAACUCUCAUACCGACAAUUACUUAAAGUAUUUGAAAACACAACACAGCCCAAAACGAACCAACUAUACCAAUCGCAUCCUUAUCCCCAUCCCCUAUUCCUCACCAGACCGCCCAACAAACUUCCUCCAUACGCUGCAAUAGUACAACUUUUACAACCAAACAAUAUAUAUAUAAUAUAUAUUUUAUAUACAAAGAAAUUAUUAUAUACACACACACCACAAGUACCUUAUCCCCGAAACCCCAGAAUAAACCUAACAAUAGCCAUAGCAAUUUGUUGAAAGAUUAAUUAUUUGUUUAACAAUCAAAAUGUUUUAAUAAUCCAGUUAAUUCCGAUUUAAAUCACAAGUGCCAAGAGAUCAGGCAAACCAACGCUGAAGAUGAAUCACGUUUUUAUAGAGAUAUUUGUAUAAUCACUUGUACUCUUUUUUAUAAGGUAGCCAUGAAUUUUGUAUGCCGCAGCAAGCAAACUAUUUUAAGCUACAGUUACCGUUUUUUUUUCGUUUGAAAAACCAUAUUUAUUUAAAAAUUUGAAUUAUUUUGGCCACAGCACUCACACCCAUCUUAUACCAAUAAUUUGUAGUUUUACACAACGAAAUUGCAGGGAUUUUUGUCUUACUUUAUAUUCUCCUACAAUAAAAUGAUAAUAAAUUUAUAAAACCAUAUAAA